AACUAUCAUAGAAACUGAACUUGGUAAUUACAAUCCGGCUUAACUGCAGUCUAGGGGGAACCAUAUUCGGGUGACCUCUCUUAACCUGAAUACAACCGUUUACUUGCUUUGUUAGUUUGUUAGUUUAGACUUGCAUUAAAGUUUCAUUGCUAGAUAACAAGGAUUCACCGAGUAGUCAUCAAAUCUAGGACCCGGUUUGACAUUUAAACCUAAACCCGCUAUACUACGCUUUAGGAAGUGGUUUCACUUGGCCAAUUCCUGAAGUGACAGUAGAAGUGAGUCAUUAGGUGUUGGGUCGUAGCGUGUCAAGUUUUUGGCGCCGUUGCCGGGGACUUUCUAGAUUAUUAGGAAUGGCAGAAGUUUGUUACUUUAGCGUUUUUCUUUUCUUUUCCACCCUUGCUUUUCACUUGGGUGUUUUUGUUUUUGUUGGUGCAGAUCUGAAUCAUAGAUCCUCAUGGCUUCUCCAACCAUUGGGGGUAUCCACCACCAUCCGAGUGGUAUUACCACGAGACUCCAUGGAGCAAUCAAGGAGGAAAAGACUAUGGAUUCGGGUUCCAGUACCAACCCCCUUACUACGGAGAACAAUCAUACCCCUGGGCAUAUCAAGAACAACCUCAUUACCAAGAAGACUUUCUCCCACAACCAGAAGGGCCAUCGGAGCUGGAGUUACCCAUUGCGGCCUUCACGGGCCACUCUGCAGAGCCAUGCUACACUUCACUGGAAGAAGAGGAAGGUCUAAUGAGUUGGAACCCCCGUUAAGUGAAUAAGGGGGGUCGGAAGCUCUAUCCACUCUGCAGAAAAAUCUUAUACUUCAACAUCCUCCAUAGUGCUACACUGAGCAGGCAAUUUGCAAGGAAACACGUACUUGGAGCCCUCAAAUUUACAGAAAUUGGUUCUACUACAAUACUAAAAUGAAAGUAAAAAAGGCUGAUGCAGAGUCAUGUGUUCUACUACAAUACUAGCAUCCAUGUUGAGCUUAACCCAUUCUUUUGGAAAACGAUGCCAACUAAUCCAACGUAUCACUUGAGGGGGAGAGGUUUGAUUGAUGAUGCAUUGGGUAAUCAAACUAAUCCAGGGGCGGACCCAUAGAGGUUCGGGAUAAAAAAUAUCGAACCUCCGGUAGUAGUUUGAGUAUUAAAAAAGGAAAAAAUAGUAAAUUAUGUGAUUUGAACCUGUGACACCCUAUCUAUUAGAUAACAUAUUUUCCAUUAGACAACAACUCAUUUAUUGUUACAACUUAAGAUACGUAUAAUUUUAAACACACGUGCAACGACAAGAGUUGAACAACCGCUUUGAUGAGGUGAAUACUAGGUUGUUGACUUGUAUGACUUCUCAUAACCCGAAAAAUGAGUUUGCUUCUUUUGACAAGGAGAAGCUGGUAAGUCUUACGUGAUUUUAUCCUACAGAGUUUGAUCACCUUUCCGACUCUUUUCUUCUACGGGAUUUCGAGAAUUACUACCAUUGUAUUAAGAAUGAUGAGUUAUUCCAUGAAUUAAAAGAAAUUGAUGAAUUAUGUCAGCUAGUGGUGAAGACAAAAGUGAAUCUAUCAUAUCCAUGGGUAUAUUUGCUUCUCAAAUUUGUAUUGAUUUUACCGGUUGCAACUGUAAGUGUUGAAAGAGCUUUUUCACCUUUGGGUUACAUCAAGAACAAGCUUCACAAUCGACUAGGCAAUCAGUUCGUGAAUGGUUGUCUUGUAGGAUAUAUUGAAAGAGAUUUGCUGAGUACUAUAGACACAGGGAGUGUUUUACAAUAUUUUCAGAAUUUGAAAACACAACUUGGACUUUUGUUGUAACUUGUAUUAAUCGAAUAUUUUUUCGUUGAAUACUAGUCGGAUAUUUUUCUCAUUUAAGAAAUAAGAAUUAUUUAAUAUUUAUUCUUAAUUCUUAAUUUUUUAAAAAAAGGAGGGCACCCCUGCAUAAAUUUUUUAAAUCCAUCACUAAACUAACCCAACGUAUCACUUGUGGGGGAGGGGGUUGAUUGAUGAUGCAUUAGUGAUCUCACUCGCAAGUAUCAUGGGAACUUGUCAAAAGUUCUCAUGCGACCAAUGUGUUUUCCAUGUACUACAUCAUUUCUAUAUGUUCCACAUUAUGGAUAUACUCCAACUCUGCAGGGGUAACCUUGAAUGAGGUCAUCACGGGCACAACUCAAAAUAAGAAAUAUGAUAGUCAUUCUUGUAUCACCAUUAAGAAAAAGUAAGUGUAUGAUGAAGUGACUAGGUUUUGCCAACGUGAUCUUACGUAAGAACAGUCACAAUAACAUGAAUAGCAGUUUCAACCUUUUAGGUUCAAAGCUGCAUCUCGGACAAGAACAUAUAUACGUCGGUGAUGGAGAAACGUAAUUGAACUACUACGAUGAAUAUCCUUUGACAAACGAAUUGGGUAUGAUUUCAAUUACAAUUUGGUCAACCAUCAAGGGAUGACACAUGCCUCGACAAUAGGCCGAUCGACAAGUUCCAGCCAUGCCUAAGCCUAAACGAAUUUAGAUAUGGUGCACCACUUGACUUUUGGAGAACUGUUCUCCAUCUUAUAUCCAAUGGUCCAUAAAAAUGGGUCAUUAAAUUAAGGGUCAAGGU